UGGUUUUCUCUAUGAGUCACUCUCCACACAAGUGUUGUUGUUACAACUCAUUGGCCAAAAACAUGAAUUGAAGAGAUUAUUGACAGGCAAAGUUUUAGUCUUUAGCUUUCAUGCACACAAUAAUCAUACUCUGAAAGCUUCUUUGUGCUUGAAAAGUUUUACAUUUUGUGCUUCUCGGUUGUUCUUUUAUGGCCAAAGAAAGAGGACCCUAAAUUUGGUUUGGCAUUAGACAUCUUUGAAUUGGAUAAAACAGAAACAAGUUUGGUUCUUUUUUGUGUUUUUGUAUUGAAGAUAAUGAAAUGAUGAUGAAUUGUGGAGCGAUGAAUGCUACUACCCCUUCUUCUGCUUCUUGGUCUGCUUCUCAUGGCUCCAAAAUUCCCAUGUUGUUGCCUAGGGCAAUUUGUAGCACACAUAGAAUGUGUUGUGGCUCUGGUGUUCACGUGGAUGCUUGUGUUAGUACUAAUGUCUCAAGAAAUGCUAAAGACUCAAUGAUUUGGUCUGGAACAUCACCAUCUUUGUAUUCUAAGCAGCCAAUCAACAAAUUUUUGUUGCCUUUGAGAGCAUCAGUGGCUUCUACAUCUCAAGAUGUUACCAUUGCGUCUCUUAUUGGUCGAGAAAAGAUAGGAGUUUUGUUGCUUAAUCUUGGUGGUCCUGAGACUCUUGAAGACGUGCAGCCUUUCCUUUUUAAUCUUUUUGCUGACCCUGACAUUAUACGAUUGCCAAGGUUGUUUCGGUUUCUUCAAAAGCCCUUGGCCCAAUUUAUAUCUGUUACGAGGGCACCCAAGAGCAAAGAAGGCUAUGCUUCAAUUGGUGGUGGCUCUCCUUUGCGGCAUAUAACUGAUGCACAGGAUCAGAAUACAGUUGCUGAUGGGAAGCCAGUCCCAUGCUACGAGACACAUACACACCCUAUGAGCAUUCUGCUUGGAAUUGGUCUAUUUAUUUUGCCAGGUGUCUUCUGUUUUAAUUGUUAUUUCUUGUCUAUUGUCUUCUUUCAGGCUGAAGAACUGAGGAAAUCUCUGUGGGAAAAACAAGUCCCAGCAAGGGUGUAUGUUGGUAUGCGCUACUGGCACCCAUUCACUGAAGAAGCCAUUCAACAGAUAAAAAGAGAUAGAAUCACAAAGCUUGUUGUCCUUCCGCUUUACCCACAGUUUUCAAUAUCAACUAGUGGUUCAAGCCUUCGACUCUUGGAGAGAAUAUUCCGGGAAGAUGAAUAUCUAGUAAGCAUGCAGCAUACAGUGAUACCUUCUUGGUACCAGCGUGAAGGAUACAUCAAGGCUUUGGCAAACUUAAUUGGAAAGGAAUUAGAAACAUUUGACCAUCCUGAGCAGGUUGUGAUAUGUUUUAGUGCACAUGGUGUGCCACUUGCAUAUGUGGAAGAGGCUGGUGAUCCAUAUAAAGCAGAAAUGGAGGAAUGCAUAGAUUUGAUAAUGGAGGAAUUAGAAAAGAGAAAGAUCAUGAAUGCAUACACUCUUGCUUAUCAGAGCAGAGUUGGACCUGUCGAAUGGUUGAAACCUUAUACUGAUGAGACAAUCAUUGAGCUUGGGAAGAGAGGGGUGAAAUGUCUUUUGGCUGUUCCAAUUAGUUUUGUCAGUGAGCAUAUUGAAACUUUGGAAGAAAUUGAUGUUGAGUACAAAGAGUUGGCUCUUAAGUCUGGUAUAGAGAAAUGGGGACGUGUUCCUGCACUAGGAUGUGAACCGACGUUCAUUUCAGAUUUGGCAGAUGCAGUGAUUGAGAGUCUUCCAUAUGUAGGAGCUAUGGCAGUCUCAAAUAUUGAAGCUCGACAGUCUUUAGUUCCACUCGGCAGUGUAGGGGGGCUACUGGCAGUGUAUGAUUCAAGACGAAGGGAGCUACAAUCGCCUGUGAUGGUAUGGGAAUGGGGUUGGACAAGAAGUGCAGAAACCUGGAACGGACGAGCAGCUAUGCUGGCAGUUCUUGUUCUAUUGGUUCUAGAAGUCACCACUGGGCAGGGGUUCUUGCACCAAUGGGGUAUAUUGCUGUUUUUUCAUUGAACAUCAGUGAACAAGACCUUCCCCACCUCUAUCAAACGAAUUAUGCCAAAGUGUAAAUUUUGUUACUGAAAUCGACAUGCUUAAGAAAAAAAAACUAUUUUUUUUUUUAAAUUUACUUUUAAAAUGUAAAAAUAAACAAGCAUAUAUAUAUAUAUAUAUGCUAAUUUGAACACUCUGGCAUUAUUGUCUAUGGCCAUACUUGGUUGGAUUUGGGUUAAUGGCAUCGGUACAUGCUGGGCAGCCCUUCAAUGGGUGGAAGUAAUUGUAUGCUAGAUGUUCUAUUAUUUGUUUACUUACAGGAUGCUCUUCGAUUUAUAGUUAUAAAGUUUUGCACUGUA